AGGAGGAAGGGGGAGGGGGGGGGGAAGGGCAGUGCCUCUCUCUGCAACUCCGGCGCCAGUGUUAUUUUUUAUGGGAUCAGACUUCAAAGUUUGAUACAUUGCGCUCGCUAAGAAAGAAUAAGAUACCGUGAGUUCAUAUAGUAAAGUUUGUUAUACUUGGGUACUCGUUCGGCGUUUUUCCUACACGAUCUGACUAUACAAUUUAUAGUCAUUUUUGACCGAAAGCCGCGAAGGAUGUGGAAAGGAGGCGUUUCUUCCACCGACAGUGUUCCCUAGUUGGGAAAGCGUCGAGACGCAAUGCUAAAGGACCCUGCCCGUGAACUGCACUAAAACGACUCCAGAGGAGGGCAACUGCAUUACGUUCCUCUAGCGGACUGGAGGGCUGAUCAUCCAAGUACACUUUUAUUCCCCUUCUCCCUUGAACGACCGGGCACUUCGGCCUUCUGCAUCCCGGUGCCUCAGCCUGCUUCUUUUUUUUUAAAGUUGAAACAGUCCAACGCCACCGACACGCCACCAUGCAGACCUCCUCGCUCCGCCGGCAGGUGAAGAACAUGGUCAACAACUACUCGGAGGCCGAGAUCAAGGUACGAGAGGCCACUUCCAACGACCCCUGGGGACCGCCCAGCUCGCUCAUGUCCGAGAUCGCCGACCUCACCUUCAACGUGGUCGCCUUCACCGAGGUCAUGGGCAUGAUAUGGAAGCGGCUCAACGACCACGGGAAGAACUGGCGCCACGUCUACAAAGCCCUCACGCUGCUGGACUACCUGAUCAAGACGGGCUCGGAGCGUGUGGCCCAGCAGUGCCGCGAGAACAUUUUCACCGUCCAGACCCUGCGGGACUUCCAGUUCACGGACAGGGACGGCCGCGACCAAGGCGUCAACGUGCGGGAGAAGGCCAAGCAGCUGGUGACCCUCAUCAGGGACGAGGAGAAGCUCAAGCAGGAGAGGAGCCAGGCCCUCAAGACCAAGGAGAGGAUGGCCAAGGGCGCGGCCGCCCUGGGUUCCUCCUCCAUGCCGCCGCCGUACCCCGGCCGACGCACCAGCCAUCCCGGCAUGGGAGCGGGGCACGCGGAGGAGUUCAGCCGGUCUAGAGGCUCCCCGUCCUCCUUCCACUCCUCCUCUUCCUCGCCCCGCCUGACCACAGACAUGGAGCAGGCCCGGCCACAGACCAGCGGGGAGGAGGAGCUCCAGCUGCAGCUGGCCCUGGCCAUGAGCCGCGAGGAAAGCGAGAAGCCCCCCCCUCCAGUGGAUAUCGAUGAGCAGACGCAGCUACAGAUCGCUAUGAGCCUCAGCAAGGAGGAGGCCAAGAAGUCAAUUGACUUGACUGAUGGCAAUCCUCUUCCGCGCCGAUCAAUACCCUCCACACAGCCGGCCCCCCGGCCCCCUGCUGGGGAUAUGGACGAUGACACACAGCUUCAGAUCGCCCUGAACCUGAGCAAGGAGGUGCACCAGCAGGAGAAGCGCAGUCGCCAGGGAGACGAGUCAUUGCUCCAGAAAGCUCUCGAGGAGAGCAAGCGGGAAAUGGAAUCCAAAGGCGGGACUGCCUUCAUGGAUCUUGUGGAUGUUUUCGCCGUGCCGCCAGAUGUGUCCCAUAGCACCAAUCCCUGGGGGGACGUUCAGCCCCAGGGGGCCACCCGCCUGACCGGUAGAGACCCCUGGGACUCACUGGAAGACAGCGCAAGGGGAGAGGCCCCCUGGCUGGCACCCCCUGCCUCCAGCAGCCCCGCCCCGCCCUGGGAACGAAGCCAGUCCCCUGCCGACCACUGGGAUAGCCCAAGGAACGCCUCCAACCUAAAUACCCCGGGCCAAGCAUGGACCUCCCCAGCUCACACAGCAGAGAGAACAGCAGAUCCUGCUAUAGCCAAGGCCCCUUCUCCCCGAGCCUGGAGCCCUUCAGUAGAUGGCGAUCUGUUCGAUGAGGCCAUGGACGGAGGCCAGAUGAACAUGAACGGACGAGGGGGGGGCAGUCCCGAGCUGUUUGACCUGUCCCGCCUGGAGGAGAGCCUGGCGGCUCCGAGUCCUAGAAACUGUCGAACCCCCGAGGCUUUCCUGGGUCCCACUGCAGCCUCCUUGGUCAACCUGGACGCCCUCAUCCCUGCCAACCCCCCGGCCAAAGCCAUGAACCCCUUUCUAUCCAGUGUGAGUUCCCCUUCACCCAACAAUCCCUUCCAAGCGGAACAGCCCAAACUAACUCUGAACCAAAUGGGUUCGAGUUCCAACUCUCCCGUGCCCUUCGCCAGCUCACUCCCCUACAGCGCCUCUUUGCCCCUGCCUGCGAGCCACCAGGCGGCCAGCCUCCCCACCUCUCUAACCCAUCCCAGCCAGGCUGGGGCCCUGGAUAUUGCAGGGGCCCUCCCCCAGCCCCUGCUGCCCCUCUUAUCCGCCAGCGUUCUGGGGUCACAGUCAGAGCAGCACAGUCAAAACCCUUUUCUAUGAGGACCAACCGACCGACCGUCACCACAACAACAAGUCCUAAAAGAAGGAUAACGUUUUUGAUCUCGGAAAAAACACCGACUGAAUGCCCAAAGGCUGUGCUGGGUUUCCCAGCUCUCAAAAAGGAAAAUAGUUACCCUUGUGAACCCUUUUGUUUCCUCUUUGCCAAUAUCUUCAGUAUAAUAAUAUAACUCUUAAGUCCCUUGCCUUUUAGUAUAAUCUAUUAUGUUAAGGUUGUUUCUUCUCUUGAUAAACCAAGGGGAGGUUACUCUUGACUGACAGAUAAAUCAGUGUUUUAACAAAAUCAUAUUAGAACAUGAAUACUAAUACUAAUGUACAUUAUGUAUAUUACGUAGAAACCUACACUGAAUCACAACUUUGUGAAAUGUUGGUGGAACUUGGCAAUUGACAUACAAGCUCACUGUAUUGUAUGAUGGUUGUAGUACUAUCCAGCACUGAUCAUCUGCCAGAUAUGCCUGCUUUAAUUUCAUUGUGCAUAAUUUGAAUUGAAAACAAAGGAGAGCUGCUUUAACGUUUCUUGAGUCUUGGUCAGGGAAGAUAUUAGAAGAUGGGUGAAUGUUACAGCACCUGCCAUCACAACCAGCUAGUAACACAGUUUGUCGUUUAUGUACUUCAAUUUCAACAUUAACUUCGAUGGAGCUGGUGUUGGUCAAGAUGCUUUUGGUAAAUCAUAAUACGAGAGUGAGUUACCAUGGAUUCACACAAUGGGAUGGAAUUUGGGAAAGGACCGUUUUAAUGUGAUGACUCACUGUUCAUUCCUUGACAACAAUUGAUAUCAAAUAUAAGGGUAUGAUUACCACCUUGUAA